UAUUUUAAAUUUUUUCAUUAUUACCAAGAUAGAAAAAUAAUUUUGUUAUGGAACGAAUACAAAACAUGGUACAAAGUUUGGCGAAGUGCAAAGUUGAUUUUAUUACCGCAAAGGAGGAGUGUAAUAAAUACAAGGAAUUAUAUUUAAAAUCAGAACUGGAAUUAAAAGAAACGCGCGAACUUGAGAAGUCCCAUCAUUAUCAUUUGCAAACUUCACGUGAAAUGAUUGGAAAUCUCCAGAACACAGUUUCACAUUUGGUUUACCUCAAAAGAGAUCACAAAAAAUUAAAAGAUGAAAAUGUUUCAAAAGAUUUAACUAUAGCAUCAAUGGAAAAGGACAAAGAAGACAUGCAAGAAACAUGCAACCAGAGAAUAGCAGAUUUGCGCAAAGAGUACGACCAAGUUAUCGAAGAACUAACAUCUAUCAAUGACAAAAAAAUCCAGCAGAUUCAGUAUGACUCCGAUACCAAGACUGCCCAGUUUACUUGCGUCAUUGAAGAACUGCGAGCCAAAUUGAAAGACUCGGAAAAGGAGCAUAGAGAUAAGAUGAACGUUGUGGUGUUAGAAUACGAAGAGAGUAUGCAGAGGAAUGCUGUAGAAAUCACGCAACUUCAAGAGCAGCUCAGGAUGCAGGCUGCGACAUAUGACGUCAAUAUUGACGCAUAUCGUAAGAAACUCGAAGACUUGGAAGAGAAGCUGAAACAGAAUCAAUUCAAGGAUUAUUUGGCGCAAAGCAACUAUCCGUUGCAUAGUUCGCGCUCCCAAUUUGAAAAUAGGGUAGAACGACCGUAUUCUGGCCGCAGGGAUUACACGGAUGGAACUAAUUAUGAUUCCAUCCCAGUUUACCCCAGUCCAAACCCCAUGACGAACCAAACAUCAAACAAGAAUUUUGACACACCGACGUUACAAAUCAUGCACAAAGAUAGCCAGGAUGCAACUAAUUUUAACUCUCUAGUUCACCCAAAUCCAAAACCCAUAACGAACCAAUCAUCAAACCGGAAUUUUAAUAACCCGAAGCUAAAAGUCAUGCAACAUGAUAGCAAGGAUGCAACUAAAUUUAAUUCUAUCCCAGGUUACCCCAAUCCAAAACCCAAUCCGUACCAAACACCAAACAGAAAUUUUAAGAACCCGACGCCGCUACAAGUGAUGCACCAUGAUAAAAAAACACAUAAUUUGUCUACAAACGAGAAACAAGGACUUUUCAAGAUAACUAAGAAAAGAAAACUUUAUAGCGAGAAGGACACUGUGUGAAUCUUGUGUAUCUAAAGGGCCACCGAGACGAUCAAUCGCGAUUGUCAAUGUUUACGUGAUUGAUGCUCAUUGUCAAUGCCAAGUGAUCGUUUACCAAGAUAAUUGAAGCAAUUGUCAAUUGCAACUACGGUAUUGAAGAACAUUGAUGGAAACUUUGAUUGAUGGCAAUUGACGCGCUGUGUAUUGACGUUCAAUGACAGCAAAUGUCAAUCGUUUUUAUAAUCACCCGGCUCUGUUUCUUGAACAGUUCUUGGUAAAUGUUCAUUAUUGAAGCGAUAUCUUAGUUUAUCCUUGGACCAAUGUCUAGUUUUUUUCGUUUUUUGUGGGUAGAAACUGUAAGAAAAAACUAUAUCUGCGUUUGUAAUCAUAUUUCGAGCGACUUUACUUUUAUUCUUUACAGUUCAGAAUCAGACUGAAGCAAGCGCAAAUGAUACACCUUCAUUUGAAGCUUCAAUCACCCACCAUUUGAAAUCUUCAAUCACGUGAGCAUUGUCAAUUGCAAAUGAUCGUUUCGGGCAUCCUUUAAGAAUAAAAUACACGUUCCGAGACAUCUUGGCAAUGUUUUCAUUUCCUGUACUUUCACAUGUUUCUUCUUCAUUGUUUCGUAUCUACAUAUUUACAUUGUUAAGUUGUGGUUAAAUUAGAACAAAAAACGUUUUGUGACAUUGUGUUCGCUAGUUACCGAAUAAUUACGCAUGCUUUUAUUUCGUAUUCACAAAACGUUUCCAUGUCCAAGAAUGUAUUGUUCUUAGUUUUUGUGCGAAUUAAUCCAUAUAUAAAGACUCCGAAACUGUAGGUAUAUCUAUACCUACUUAGUUUGCUCGUACAAUUGAAAAAUAAUGUAUGUCUUCUAGCUUUCAUUAAUGUGACAAAUUGUGAUAUUGUUAUAUUUUACAUUGGUACUGAUU